AUGAAGGUGGAAGAGGAAAAGGCUGGGGUAAGAAAGCUGGACCCCACAAGCUACAAAAGAAGACAUCCAGUUCAAGACCGCCCUUCCAUUCAUAUUGGACUUCCACUUUCCAGUUACUCGAAAAGAAAAGGUGACCAGAAAGGACACUCUUCAGGCCUGCAAAAAGUUCAUUGGGGUCUUCAGCCAGACAAGCUACAGCAGGAAUUGACUAGCCCAGGAAAAGGGACCAGCAGUCAAGGGGGCCGCAUGGAUCUUAUCAGCAGAACUCGGUCUCCAGCUGCUGAGCAGCUCCAGGACAUCCUGGGGGAGGAAGAUGAGGCUCCCAACCCCACCCUCUUCACAGAGAUGGACACUCUUCAGCAUGAUGGAGACCAGAUGGAGUGGAAGGAGUCAGCCAGGUGGAUAAAAUUUGAAGAAAAGGUAGAGGAAGGUGGCGAACGCUGGAGCAAGCCCCACGUGUCCACACUGUCCCUGCACAGCCUCUUCGAGCUCCGUACCUGCCUGCAGACAGGGACAGUACUGCUGGAUCUGGACAGUGGUUCCCUACCACAGAUCAUAGAUGAUGUCAUUGAGAAGCAGAUUGAAGACGGGCUUCUGCGGCCAGAGCUCCGGGAACGGGUCAGCUACGUCCUCCUGAGGAAGCAUCGUCACCAAACCAAGAAGCCCAUCCACCGCUCCUUAGUGGACAUUGGAAAGUCAGUCUCUUCUACCACAAAUCGCAGCCCUGCCCGGAGCCCCACAGCUGGCCCAAGUCUACACCGAUCUACCGAGGACCUGAGGAUGAGGCAAAGUGCAAAUUAUGGACAUCUGUGUCAUGCCCAGAGCAGGAGCAUGAAUGACAUUUCCCGCACCCCAAACACAGACCAGCGGAAAAACAAAUUCAUGAAGAAGAUCCCUAAAGACUCAGAAGCUUCCAAUGUGCUUGUGGGUGAGGUGGACUUCCUGGACCAACCAUUCAUUGCAUUUGUGCGUCUCAUCCAUUCUGCUAUGCUGGGGGGAGUGACUGAGGUACCUGUUCCUACCAGAUUUCUGUUCAUACUGCUGGGACCUUCUGGGAGAGCAAAGUCCUACAAUGAAAUUGGCCGUGCUAUUGCAACCCUCAUGGUGGAUGAUCUAUUCAGCGGUGUGGCCUAUAAAGCCCGCAAUCGGGAAGACCUGAUCGCAGGAAUUGAUGAAUUUCUGGAUGAGGUCAUUGUCCUUCCCCCUGGAGAAUGGGACCCAAAUAUCAGAAUUGAGCCACCCAAGAAAGUGCCCUCUGCCGACAAGAGGAAGUCGGUAUUCUCUCUGGCUGAGCUAGGCCAGAUGAAUGGCUCUGUGGGCGGAGGCGCUGGGGCUGGAGGUGGAGGCGGCAGCGGUGCAGCUGGCGGCAGCGGCGCAGGCGGAGCGGGCGGCAGCGGGGAUGAGUCAGAGAUGCCGUCUAUGCACGAAAUCGGGGAGGAGCUCAUCUGGACAGGAAGGUUCUUUGGCGGACUGUGUCUGGAUGUCAAGAGGAAGCUUCCCUGGUUCCCAAGUGACUUCUAUGAUGGUUUCCACCUCCAGUCCAUCUCUGCCAUCCUAUUCAUCUACCUCGGCUGUAUCACCAAUGCGAUCACCUUUGGUGGGCUUCUUGGGGAUGCCACCGACAAUUAUCAGGGAGUGAUGGAGAGCUUCCUGGGCACUGCCAUGGCUGGCUCCUUGUUCUGCCUCUUCUCGGGACAGCCUCUCAUCAUUCUCAGCAGCACGGGACCCAUUCUCAUCUUCGAGAAACUCCUCUUUGACUUCAGCAAAGGCAAUGGAUUGGACUACAUGGAAUUCCGACUCUGGAUUGGCCUACACUCAGCCAUCCAGUGCCUUAUCCUGGUAGCCACAGAUGCCAGCUUUAUCAUCAAGUAUAUUACUCGCUUCACAGAGGAGGGAUUCUCUACCCUCAUCAGCUUCAUCUUCAUCUAUGAUGCUAUCAAGAAAAUGAUUGGUGCCUUUAGGUACUACCCUAUCAACAUGGACUUCAAGCCUGAUUCUAUUACCACCUACAAGUGCGAGUGUGUUGCCCCAGACACAGUGAAUACAACCGUGUUCAAUGCCUCAGCCCCACUGGCACCAAACACCAGUGCGUCUCUGUACAACCCCCUUAACCUCACAGCUCUGGACUGGUCCCUGCUGAGCAAGAAGGAGUGUCUGAGCUAUGGUGGCCGCCUGCUGGGAAACUCAUGCCAAUUCAUCCCAGAUCUGGCACUAAUGUCCUUCAUCCUUUUCUUCGGGACAUAUUCCAUGACCUUAACACUGAAGAAAUUUAAAUUCAGCCGUUAUUUUCCUACCAAGGUCCGGGCCCUAGUGGCUGACUUUUCCAUUGUUUUCUCCAUCCUGAUGUUCUGUGGAAUUGAUGCCUGCUUUGGUCUGGAAACCCCCAAACUGCACGUGCCUAAUGUCAUCAAGCCCACGAGGCCUGACCGAGGCUGGUUCGUGGCCCCUUUUGGGAAGAACCCGUGGUGGGUGUACCUGGCGAGCAUCCUGCCCGCCUUGCUGGUGACCAUCUUGAUCUUCAUGGACCAGCAGAUCACAGCUGUCAUUGUCAACCGGAAGGAGAACAAGCUGAGGAAAGCUGCCGGCUACCAUCUGGACCUGUUCUGGGUGGGCAUCCUUAUGGCACUGUGCUCCUUCACGGGGCUCCCCUGGUAUGUAGCUGCCACGGUCAUCUCCAUCGCCCACAUUGACAGCCUCAAGAUGGAAACGGAGACCAGCGCCCCUGGGGAGCAGCCUCAGUUCCUGGGGGUCAGGGAACAGAGAGUAACUGGCAUCAUUGUUUUCAUCCUGACGGGAAUCUCUGUCUUCCUGGCUCCCAUCCUGAAGUACAUCCCCAUGCCAGUGCUGUAUGGAGUCUUCCUCUACAUGGGUGUGGCCUCUCUCAACGGCAUCCAGUUCUGGGACCGCUGCAAGCUCUUCCUGAUGCCUGCCAAGCACCAGCCAGACUAUGCCUUCCUGCGCCACGUGCCUCUGCGCCGCAUCCACCUCUUCACCCUUGUGCAGAUCCUCUGCUUGGCGGUGCUCUGGAUCCUCAAGUCCACCAUGGCUGCCAUCAUCUUCCCAGUCAUGAUCCUAGGCCUUAUCAUUGUUCGGAGGCUUCUGGACUUCAUCUUCUCCCAGCAUGAUCUGGCCUGGAUUGACAACAUCCUCCCAGAGAAGGAGAAAAAGGAGACAGACAAGAAGAAGAAAAGGAAAGGGGCCCACGAGGACAGUGAUGAGGAGCCCCAGUUCCUUCCUCCCUCAGUUAUAAAGAUUCCCAUGGAAAGUGUCCAAUCAGAUCCCCAAAAUGGUAUCCACUGCAUUGCCAGAAAAAGAUCUUCCAGUUGGAGUUACUCACUCUGAUUCUUCCUUCAGUGGCUCAGAACUUGAUCGAAGGUAAAGGCUCAGGUUGGGAUCAGAAGACUCCUGGGUGUUAGAGAAGACAGUAAGCAAUGUCCAGAAGGUUGAGGGAUUAGGAUUUCACACUAUGGAUUUUGAUGCCACAACACAGGGAGACAGAGGAUGAUUAGCCAGCUCACACCUUGGGGACAAGAAACAAAUGAGUCUUUUUAUUACAUCCACAAUGUGGUUAAAACACACAAAGGUAUUCAACUUUAAUACAGGGACUUACUGCAAAUAUUGCAUGGAAUAUUGAAAAAAUAAAACUAGACAGUAAAAUUACACAUAAAGUUUAAGUACCUGUUACUGAAUGGCAGAAUGAAUGUAUGUUAAGGAUGAUAACACCACUUUAAUACUGUAUGGAAUAAAAUAACAAUGGGUUCAUUAUCAUAGAUCAGAUAUGGGGGAAACAUAAAUCUAACAAAAAAUAAAGAUUAAGUGGAGCUAGGAAGUCAAGAAAGGAUUUGAGACCCAGAUGCUAGAACCUCCAAGCCAACAAUGUGAUUACUUGGUGUUCAUGACCAAAAUCUAACAUGGAAAAAGGGGGCUACUUCAUGAUUAUACAGGGUGUUGUGACAUGAAAAAGAAUCUGGCCCACAGAAGCCUGUAUCAGUUUAUUACUAGGGAAGUUGGUGGGGGCAGUCCCCCUCCUACCAUGUGCCCUAGAAUGGACAGGUGUCAGUUGGUGUUAGA